GGAAUUCUUCUGGUUAUUGUUCCUGUGGUCCAGAUUACUGUGUCUCCUACAGCAUGCAGUACGGCAAGGAUAUGCCUUUCUACUAUUGUGGACCUUGUGCGCGGAUAGGUUCACAGUGCUCCAAUGGUGGAACUUGUGCCCACGAGAUGGCCGAAUGCAGAGAGGAAUACUGUCAGUGCAUCAGGAGUGGCAGCUUUUAUGAAUUCUAUUACUGCGAGAUCCCGUAUGUACUCUACGAAACUUCGCUUCAAAUCUGCAUCAUUAUAACCAUUCUGAUCGUCAGUUCGUUCAUUGUUAGUUCUCUCUGCGCUGCAACUGGACUCAGUGACAGAUGCUGGCAAAGCAGACGUUCCUCGGGCAGUACCUCGGAGACAUCUGAUGGGGAUGCCCACCAGCCUAUGACGAAGUAAUGGACAAUUUACCCACAUAUCAAGAUGCAGUGCAAAUGCCC